UAUCUACUAUUCUGAAAACAUUUUCAUCCUCCGAAAACCAACCCAUAAAAUAACUUCUUUUCAGAGAAACGACAUAAAAUUUUCCAGCGACAUUAAAGCAUUUCCGAGGAUUACCAAAUAAAUUUUUGUAACCUGCAACUCCUUGCAACUGAUUGUAUUAAGUUCGUUAUAAGAGCUUCUAUGCAUAUCACAAUUUCCAGAUUUAGAUGAUUAUUAACAUAUAUAUGUAACAGGACGCCAUGGAGUCUUACAAUAUUGAACUAUUGGCCCACAGUUCCAGGAGCUUUUGAAAAUCAUCAGCUGUACAACUGUUAGACGAAACGAUAAUUCCAUCAAUGUUCUUUAUGAUGCUCCUGUGAUUUUUUGGUGUCACGUUCGUUUUGUUUUACUUUUAUAAGAAGGCUUCAGCCGUUCAACACUUGUUAGAAAGGAUUGUAUGGUGGCCGGAAAAUUCAGCGAAUUGGUUUUUUAACACUUGUUAAUAACGAUGGCAUUGUAGUUGAUGAUUCGUUGAAUUGGUUUUCAAUCCAGUCGUCCUUCAACGAGAGAAGGUUUGCAAGUUAAAUUGAGUUUUUAACUGCUUCUGUUGGUGAAUCAUUCUGUCAUAAUUGAUAAAUUUAAUGCUUAGGCAUUCUGUAGUGCAUACUAACAUCUACUGACCUGAGCCUAUUGUGUUGCUGGGGGAGGUCCCAGGGGACGGGUGAAGUUAUAUAAAUCUUCUUCUUCUCCCGCCUGCCUUCGAUGCUGUGUAGAAUCAGUAGCAUUCUCAACUGCUGGUAUUUCGCUCAACGCUAUUCCAUCACUAUUCAGAGUGGCUCUACGAUGUGCUUCUGAUGGCUGGCUAACACCUGGUACCUUGGGGGUAUAAGGGGUUGAUACUUUAGCAUUGGGAUUAGGGUGAAAUUCACCUGUAGCAUCGUAAUAGCCCAUGUCCUGAUCAUUGGCUCUCUCGGUGUAAGUGGGCACAUAAGUUUGGGGAACAUAUGAAUCAUGAUUUCUUGUUGAUGGCUGGUUGUAUUGGGUUUGAGAUUGGACGUAUGACGGAGGUGUCAUCCACCUUGUACCAUAUAUAGGCUGGAGUCCACUGGAUGACCUUUUUUUAUUAACUCUAAUGGUCCCAACUACCACAAGGAGGAUAACCGCAAGAAAGAUCCCAAAAAAUGCCCAUCUCGCCCCAUUGCUGGAGUCAAAUCCAUAUCUCUUGGUCAAGGACACUGUCGGCAGCAUUGAAUUAGAAAUAAUAAGGACUGCCAUUACGUUAAAUGCUUUAGAACUUUUUGAUUUAUGAGGUGAUACAGUGAGACGGUGGUAAUUGUUAAUGCUGUACUAACAAGACUUUGACGGCUUUGACAAAAUAAACCAAGAAUGUGUUAUGAACUCUAUAUGUUCCAAUGUCCCAAAUAAACAGAAACAAUAAACUUGAUCUAACCUCCUUUAGCAAGAAGAUAAUAAUAAACUAGUUGACGAAACUUUAGCCCCCAGAAAAUUUCGAGCCUUUUUGAGGCUGGUGUUAAAAAUGCAGUGACCAAAGAAUAGUUUAUUCAAAUUACCUUGUUAUUUCUUUCCCGCAGUUGGUUGUUAAUUGACUAGAGACAGAUGAUUGCCAUAAUGUCCUUCUACCCAAAGAUAACCACUACCCCUGACAGCAUCUGGGAGCCUCAUUGUUAAAGAUAGGAGCUGCGCACAAUUUUUUUACUUAUAUAUAUCUCUAUCUACACCCGUCAAUUGCCUCCUGAUGGGUGUGAACGGAAUCGAAGCUGGUGCUUCUCUACAAGAUGAUGUAUCCAAACAGGCACAAGAGUUCGUUGAUGUGAAAUGUUUUGACUUACCUCUCGAGUUGUCUGUCCUACAAAAAUUGAAAUACAUCAAUGAACAAGUGCUUAAGUUGUUUCUCGCCUGCUCUCCAUUUCAAUUGACUCUCAGAGCUAAAACAGGUUCAAUCAGAUGUUUUCCUUCUGUUGGUCAUGAAGAUCGAAGCUUGAUGAAGUUUACCGCUAUAAUCACAUUGAUCAAGCAUCUCAUCCAAAAUUUAGAAUCAGGAAUCUAUACAACAAAACGACACCUAUAUUACCAAGAUGUUGAAUUGUUCCAGAAGGAUCAGUCUGAAUGUAAUCAACUACUUGAUUUAUUGGCACAUUCUCUCAAGGCAUCAAUCACUCAAUUGAACAUUUACCCUAAUCAAAAGGGCAUGAUGUUCGCUCUUGGUUUCGAUGAUGCCAUAUUAAUUCCUAUCAAAUAUCAACUGGUAAUAGAGAAAAUACAUCCUCACAUCCGGCUGGUGGUGAUAGUAGAAAAAGAUGCUAUCUUUCGAUCUUUAGUCAGCUGCAUCAAAACUCAGGGCCAAGAAAAACACAAAGGCAUCCUCUUUGUGACUGGAAAAGGCUUUCCAGAUCUAUUAACCAAAAGCUUUAUUUGGCACUUGGCAUGUAGCGGUUUACCUAUUUACGGAUUUAUGGAUUCAGAUAUUUAUGGUAUUUUGAUUUUCAAGUCCUAUAGGGAAUUCAAUAAGGGGGUAGCCACAGAAAGAUUUACAUUUCUUGGAUGUUUUAUCUUAGAAUAUCAACAUGGAUUUAUGGCCAUUAAUUCUCGCGAUGUCUCUUUGGGUGUAAGCACUUUAAAAAAGUUUGCAUCCGUUGAAGAUCAAGAGGCUCUCAAAUGGAAGCGUGAAAUUCAAAGAGGAUUAUACCUCCACAAAAAGGCUGAAAUGAAUGUAAUAUCUGAGAAAAUCCAAAGUGAUUACAGUACCCUACACUAUAUACUUGCCAAGAUCGAUCUGGAAAUUUUGCAGCUUCAGUGGCAGUAAAUCGCAAUUAUC